CGUCUCAAUUUAUUAUGACGGUAACUGCCUUUUUGCAUAGCUUUUCUUCCUUGGGAGGUGUGUUGCAACUCUUUGUCUUGAUUAUAUAAGACCGACCAUCGAAUCUUAAUUUAAUAAGAUACCUACAUCAAUAGCACAACUUAGGACUGUACUCCUCCCAGUCCUCCCUGACGCACCUACGUAAACGGAACCCACCACAUUCCGAGAUACACCUUUCUUGACAGACUCCACACGUGCUAUCGCCACCUAGCCUACCGACUUCGACCUCAUCCUUUGUAAUUUCGUUGCAAAUCCUCCCGAGACCUACACCAUCGACUCCCCUAAUCUGUCCCCCGAGACGAAACCUGUAUUCCCAAAUCCCAAUUAUGACAUUACGCCGAGUCUAACCAUGGACGCCGGACUGUCUACCCAAGAGCUGCAGCUCUGUCAGCAUCUGAUAGAGCUGCCCAAACGUUACAGAUACCGAUACGAAGAAGCCGCAUGUCGAGAUCUAUUAUAUAAUCUCUUCUGGUCGAUGGCUGGAGGCCGGCCUGAAAAUCUACGGCUAUUCUUCCCCGACGGCAAACUUACUCCAAAGAGCACCCUGAAUCUUAGAGAGGCGCAGGGAGCGGUGGAUGGAGCCGAAUACACAGAAGCAGCCCGCGGCAAGGCAUGUGGCCACAUAUUCCGAGCUGGAGAGGCGUCAUAUAGCUGCAAGACAUGCAGUACUGAUGACACUUGCUGCCUAUGCAGCAAAUGUUUCAACGCUACAGACCAUGCGGGCCAUAUGGUAAGAAUCUCCAUAUCUCCCGGUAAUAGUGGUUGCUGCGACUGCGGAGAUCCGGAGGCGUGGAAGACUCCUAUGUUCUGCACUAUACAUAGCGAACGCGAGGAUGAUCGGUCGAAAGGAAAGGGUAAAGAGGCUGCUGGGCUGCCCGACGAGGUUGUUUCCAAUAUUCGCAUGACCAUAUCGCGAGUCCUCGAUUUCAUCUGCGACGUCAUAUCGUGCGCUCCGGAACAACUCCGACAGCCUAAGACGAAAGAAUCAAUCGAACAAGAUGAGAAGAUGUCUCGCCUAGCCUCUACAUAUUGUGGAGGAGAUAUCGACUCUCCCGAGGAAUACGCACUACUACUCUGGAACGACGAGAAACAUACUGUUAAGGAAGUACAAGAUCAAGUUGCACGUGCAUGUAGUACCACCUCUGAGGAAGGAUAUAACCGAGCCGUAGAGACUGACUCCAUUGGUCGGAGUAUUUUGAAAUACGAUACGAGCAUUGAGAGGCUUCUGGCAAACGCCACUGUUCUCGAACACAUCAAGAUAACUGUCACCAUUCGGUCAUCGCGCGAUACGUUUCGAGAGCAGAUGUGCGGGACUAUGAUUGACUGGUUGAAUGACAUCGCAGGCUGCGUAGUGGGAAAUGACCACAACAUCCUCCGAAUGGUCAUCUGUGAAGAACUUCUGAAGUCCUGGCGGAAAGGAAGCCCUGGAACGCAUGCCAUGCCGGGCAAGGAUGGUCUUGAGGAUGAGGAAAAACUCGAGUAUGAUCCAUUAGAGGCCCAUUCGGCUACGCUAUUCAUCCAACGCGCGAGAUUCUUGGCGGAAACCGGGAACGCGGCUACCCUAGCCGAAUUUCUCGAUACUGAUGACGAUGAUGAGGACGAUGAUGAUGACGAGGAUAUGGACGGUGGCAACCGCACUCCCUCCAGUGAAGAGGACAAUGAUGAAGACGAAGACGACGAUGAAGACGUAAUGAUGGUAGACAUGGGACGGCCAGAUGCAGGUGCCGAUGUAAGUGUAUCCGACUGGAACGCGCCGGGUAUAGCGUCUCUCGAAGAGGAAGAAGCCACAAUGGCAGGUUAUCCACCACCUCCGCCGCCUCCUCCCGUGCCGAGACGCACGACCAGAGAUCGGGACCUCACGCCGUCAGACUCAGAUACCGCAGAGCCGUUAAUCGCCCCAACCGUAUAUGCGAAGGCAAAUCUUGAGAUCCCUAAGACUCCGGGUUUAUCAAAGGCAGACAAGGCCGCUCCGCCAAAGCCUGGGCGGUACUGGGUUGAAACGCCCACAGCUUACAUGGAACGUGAUCGGGUUCAUCCAUUUGAGGACGUCUUCCAACGAGUUCGUUUAGACUGGCUGAUCCUGUUUGACCUGAGAAUGUGGAAGAAAGUUCGUAAUGAUUUGCGUUCACUAUACAUUUCUACGGUCGUUACCAUCCCCGAGUUCAAGAGGGUCUUAGGCCUCCGAUUUGCUGCCCUAUACACAACUUUGGCACAAUUAUACCUUAUUGGAGACCGGGAACCGGACCACUCGAUCAUCAACAUCUCCCUGCAGAUGCUUACCACACCAUCUAUUACCGCCGAAGUGGUGGAGAGAGGCAACUUUUUAACAACUCUCAUGGCAAUCUUAUACACCUUCUUGACUACCCGACAAGUCGGCCAUCCUUGGGAGGUCUCGUCAAGCGCUGUCCUCGGAUUCGAUACAGGCUCAGUGACCAAUAGGCGGAUGUACCAUUUCUACGUCGAUCUCAAGUUCCUCCUCGGCUCUCCUCAUGUUCAGGAACGCAUGAGAACCGAAGAGAGGUAUUUAAUGCAAUUCCUCGACUUGGUCAAACUUCAUCAGGGCAUCUGCCCGAAUGUCCGAGCCGUUGGAGAGCACGUGGAAUACGAAACUGAUAGUUGGAUCGGCGCCUCGUUGAUGACUAGGGAAAUCAACAGGCUCUGUAGGCUCCUAUCCGGCUCCUUCCGGGGUCUUCCAGAACAUGAUUCUUUGUAUCUGUGUAAGGCCAUUCGAACGACGGCGAAGAGUGUCAUCAUCAAUUCUGUUGGUGCCGAACGUGCCAGAUUCACCCAGGCCGAGAUUAAAGAUGAAAUACGGUUCAAGGCGCUGAGUGACUUCGAAUUCGCCGGAGAGGCUACAAAAUUUGAAGUAGUGAAGUUCAACGUGGAGGAGCAGUCAAUUAGUUUCCAUCAUGCGUUGCACUAUACUCUUUCCUGGCUGAUCGAAUGUGGAAAGCACAUGUCGCCCCAACAACUCAGGUCGAUCCUGAACUUCACUUCACAAGAGCUCAAAUCAAAGCCUAGAUCAAUGGGCCGGAAGUCUAUGCCCAGACGGGAGUAUUCUCCGGAAGAUUAUCUCAUGGCUGCAUUUGAUUAUCCUCUACGCGUCUGUACCUGGCUUGCCCAGAUCAAGGCGGGAAUGUGGGUGCGUAAUGGCAUUAGUCUAAGGCACCAAGCUGGAACAUACAAGAAUAUCCUACACAGGGACGUUACUCAUGCCCGAGAUAUCUUCCUAUUGCAAACAGCGAUGGUUGUUUGUAAGCCGAGUCGUGUCCUUGCCUCUAUUGUCGAUCGCUUCGGCAUGGAAAGCUGGAUCAAGGGAUUGUUCGAGCUCACUUCGCAAGCCCAAGAUGAGAUACAGCACCUUGACGUGGUGGAGGAUAUGAUUCACUUCCUAAUCGUCUUAUUGAGCGACCGAACCUCGCUUAUUCCCGUCAAAGAUGAACAACAGACUCAUCUGAUGGCGAUGCGCCGUGACAUCACCCAUGUUUUAUGUUUCCGACCGCUGUCCUUCAACGAGAUAGCUAGCAAGCUUCCUGAGAAAUUCCACGAACACGAGGACUUCCAGCGUGUCCUGGACGAGGUGGCCACAUUUAAGUCUCCCGAAGGUGUGUCGGACGUAGGAACCUUUGAGUUGAAGCCGCAAUUUAUUGAGGAUAUUGACCCAUACAUUGCUCACUACAAUAAAAACCAGCGAGAGGAAUCAGAGGCCGCUUACCGCAAGUGGAUGGCCAAAAAGACAGGCAAGCCUAUCGAAGAAAUUGUCUACGAGCCCAAAUUGCGGCCGAUCGAAUCUGGGAUUUUCAUGGGGCUGGCUCAAUUCACGAGCACUGGGAUGUUUGCACAGAUCAUCUACUAUUGCCUCCUAUACCCUCUAGUUGCGGCCAAGUUAACGCCCAAGGUUCCGUUCACCAGGAUAGAAACGUUCCUGCAAGUGGUUCUACAUUUAAUUCUCAUCGCUAUUGCCGAGGACAAGGCAGAAGCGACCGAGCCUACCGCCGAAGCCGGGUCUUUCGUUUACAUCGCUUUGACGACGCACGCCCGUAGCAAUUUCAUGCAAGAUGCUCCGGCUCGAAAAACUAUUGUAUCGCUCCUGGAUAUGAUGUCAACUAAAGAGGAGUUCAAGGCCUGUCACGCCAAGAUCGCACUGAUCUUGAAGAGAAUGAGACAGAAAUACCCACAACACUUCGAUAUGGCGUAUAACCGACUGGGCAUACCCGUGGAUCGAAUUGACACGGCAUCCCCAGCCAGCACGCACAAUGCUGAAGAGGAACGUGAACGAAAGAAGAAAGCCGCUCUCGACCGACAAGCCAAGGUUAUGGCACAGUUCCAGCAGCAGCAGAAGAGUUUCUUGGAAAUGCAAGGGGACGUCGACUGGGGUGAAGAAGAGUGGGACGAUAUGGACGAAGCCAAGCCAGUGGAAGAGCAGAAGAACUUUUGGAAAUACCCAAGAGGUACCUGCAUAUUAUGCCAGGAAGAUACCGAUGAUGGACGUCUCUACGGAACCUUCGCACUCUUCACUGAGAGCAAAAUUUUACGACAGACUGAUCUCCAAGACCCAGAUUUCGUGAGGGAGGCUGCAAGCACGCCCGUGAACCUUGACCGCUCAGCCGAGGCAAUACGUCCGUUCGGUCUUGCCCACGAAAACAGACAGGUUGUGGAAAAGAUAAAAGCAGAUGGGCAGACAUUUGUCGCCGAAAGGCAAGGUCUCGGCAAAGGGUUCCCAGCUAAGCUAUGCCGAACAGGCCCCGUAUCCGUUGGAUGCGGGCAUAUUAUGCACUUCAGCUGCUUCGAUAUGUAUAUGGAAGCGACAAGCCGCCGUCAUGGGCACCAGAUCGCCCGUCAUCACCCCGAGUCAUUGGAACGUUUAGAAUUCGUGUGUCCUCUCUGUAAAGCCCUCGGGAAUGCGUUCUUGCCUAUAUCCUGGGACGGUAAAGAAGAGUCUUAUCCAGGAAUCUUGCAAACAGAAUCGGAUUUUUCAUCCUUCAUAUCCACAAGCAUGGCGGAUCCACACAACUCAGUCAUAAGAGGGGACCAAUCUCAAACUGCAUUCGUCAACUACUUGCGAACAAGGAUGCCGGACUGCCUCGAGAAAACUAGUGCCAGUCUGCCGGCCUUUUCCAUUUGGGAACCGACCCCUUUUAGGACUGUCCCUUCGGUUUCGUCUUCUAGUGACACAUUCUCUCUUGCAGCUACCCCUGGAUCGAGUAUACGGUCGCAUUCGCCAGAAUCGCAACACGGCGACAAAGAAUUAAUGCUGACCUAUAGACGCCUGCGCGAUACUCUUCGCAAGAAUAAGCUCUUCAAGGCCCUUGACAUCGAAAUCAGGGAUGAUGAUUUGUAUGCCAGCGAUGUAUUGGCGCAGUCUGUGGGAUAUUCGAUCUCCGCUGCUGAGAUCCAACAACGGGGCACUGAAGCUCAAUAUGGAAUGACAUUGAUCGAGCGUAUGCCCGAACAACUAUUGGUCCAACUUCGAAUCCUGUCCGAGACGGUAUCGUCAUAUAUCGCGGUUGGUGGUCUCAGGCAUUCAGGGGAUAAUCAGGUUGAGGUGGAAUUCCGCACUGGUAGCGAGCGCCAGUUUUGCCAGCUGUUUUCAACGCAGUAUUAUGAUGGGGCCGUGGGAGCUGAACAUCGGCCAUUCGAUGAAUUUCCGCCACUGCUUAGCCAGGAUAUGUUUAUUUUCCUAUGCGAGACUAUGUUCGGCGUGUCCCCCGCGCUGGGCAUAGAUCCGAUGCAUUUGGUUCGCCUCUGCUAUCUCGCUGAGAUAGUCAAGGUCGUCUACAACGUAUCUCAGAACCUGACACUUUCUAGUUGGCUCGAAUACAUGGGCAACCGAAACUCAGAUGACCCUGCGAUGAACAAUUUUGCCAAUUUCUUCCACUGCAUCACGGUAACUAGAAUGAAUUUGGAGCCAGCACCUGAUCAGCCUAACAAAGGAUUCGACCAGCCGGGCUUAGACAGUCUAGAAAGUCUUCAUUCAUUCGUUAGGAAGUACGCCCUAAUCUUCUUGCGAAAGGUUACAAUUCUCCUCCACGUUCAUCUUGGAGUUGACUUCAAUAGUCACAUCUCUCCGGUUCCGGAAGCAGAUGAACUGACGCGUCUAACGGCCGCGCUGCGGUUGCCAUCUUUUGAUGAGAUGUGCACUGCUCUGACACCCUUGGGUACCCAAUUUGGAUGGCCGCCACGUAUCGAAGCUAUGGUCAAGGGCUGGCUGCGCCAUCAAAUACGGUCAUACACCACGAAGUACCUAGCUUCAGAAAAGGGCAUUGAAGAGAUCCCACCCGUUUCCGCUCAGCUAAGUCAUCCUGGAAUCUUCGAACUUGUUGGAUUACCCAGGAACUUUGAUACUCUGAUCGAGGAGUGUGCUAAGAGAAGAUGCCCUAAGACUGGCAAAGACUUGGCCGAUCCUAUCGUGUGCCUGAUGUGCGGGGACAUCUUUUGCGGACAGACUAUGUGUUGUCUUAUGGAAUACUCGGAACCAGGACCAGACAAGCCAUUGAUGAGAAUCGGGGGUGCCCAGCAACACAUGCUGUUCAAGUGUCAGGGCAAUAUCGGACUCUUCAUUAACAUUCGCAAGUGUGCUAUCUUCUACUUGCAUCGUACGUCAGGUAGCUUUAGCAACGCACCUUACAUCGACAAGUACGGAGAAGUGGAUAUCGGUUUGCGCCACGGGCGCCAGCUCUUCCUCAACCAGAAGCGCUACGACUCGAUGCUGCGCAACAUGUGGCUUAGCCAUGGCAUCCCUAGCUUUAUUAGCAGAAAGCUGGAAGCUGAUAUUAACAGUGGUGGGUGGGAAACCAUAUGAUUUUGACGAGUAUCGUACAUCGUACUGUGAUCGAUAUGUAGCAUUCGACAGAGCAGAUAACAAUGUGCAAGAAACGUCGUUGGUAUUCCGGAUAGCCCUUGACUCAUUUUUUUCCCUUCUUUUUUUUGCUCUUUUGGUGUUAGGAGUUCUCCACUCAUAGGUAUAAAGGAAGGGUCGGGAUUCAUUCGCCAUGCAUUACGACAUGAAGAGUGCUGUAGGGAAAUACAAGAUGAUUAUUAAUAUAUAUUAUA